CGCUCCCCGCGGCCGGCGCGGCCGCCGCCCAUGGAUUUCACCUAGCGCCGCGGCCAUGGCCGCGCAGUGCUGCUGCCGCAAGGCGCCCGGCGCCGAGGCCGCGCCCGCCCGCCCGCCGCCCGAGCCGCCGCCCGCCCUGGACGUGGCCUCGGCCUCCAGCGCACAGCUCUUCCGCCUCCGCCACCUGCAGCUGGGCCUGGAGCUGCGGCCCGAGGCGCGCGAGCUGGCCGGCUGCCUGGUGCUCGAGCUGUGCGCGCUGCGGCCCGCGCCCCGCGCGCUCGUGCUCGACGCGCACCCGGCCCUGCGCCUGCACUCGGCCGCCUUCCGUCGCGCCCCCGCCGCCGCCGAGACGCCCUGCGCCUUCGCCUUCCCCGCCCCCGGGCCCGGACCCGGGCCCGCGCCGCCACCCCCGCUGCCCGCCUUCCCCGAGGGGCCCGGCGCCGAGCCCGACUGCUGCCCGCUGGCCUUCAGGGUGGACCCGUUCACCGACUACGGCUCCUCGCUCACGGUCACGCUGCCGCCCGAGCUGCAGGCGCACCAGCCCUUCCAGGUCAUCCUGCGCUACACCUCGACCGACGCCCCCGCCAUCUGGUGGCUGGAGCCGGAGCUGACCUACGGCUGUGCCAAGCCCUUCGUCUUCACCCAGGGCCACUCCGUGUGCAACCGGUCCUUCUUCCCCUGCUUCGACACACCCGCCGUGAAGUGUACCUACUCAGCGGUGGUCAAGGCCCCGUCGGGGGUGCAGGUGCUGAUGAGCGCCACGCAGAGCUCAUACGUGGAGGAGGAGGGCGUCUUCCGCUUCCACAUGGAGCACCCCGUGCCCGCCUACCUCGUGGCCCUGGUGGCCGGAGACCUCAAGCCAGCAGACAUCGGGCCCAGGAGCCGUGUGUGGGCCGAGCCAUGCCUCCUGCCCACGGCCACCAGCAAGCUGUCCGGCGCAGUGGAGCAGUGGCUGAGCGCCGCGGAGCGGCUGUACGGGCCCUACAUGUGGGGCAGGUACGACAUCGUCUUCCUGCCACCCUCCUUCCCCAUCGUGGCCAUGGAGAACCCCUGCCUCACCUUCAUCAUCUCCUCCAUCCUGGAGAGUGACGAGUUCCUCGUCAUCGACGUCAUCCACGAGGUGGCCCACAGCUGGUUCGGCAACGCCGUCACCAACGCCACGUGGGAGGAGAUGUGGCUGAGCGAGGGCCUGGCCACCUACGCCCAGCGCCGCAUCACCACCGAGACCUACGGUGCUGCCUUCACCUGCCUGGAGACGGCCUUCCGCCUGGACGCCCUGCACAGGCAGAUGAAGCUUCUCGGAGAAGACAGCCCGGUCAGCAAGCUGCAGGUCAAGCUGGAGCCAGGAGUGAAUCCCAGCCACCUGAUGAACCUGUUCACCUACGAGAAGGGCUACUGCUUUGUGUACUACCUGUCCCAGCUCUGUGGAGACCCGCAGCGCUUUGACGACUUUCUCCGAGCCUACGUGGAGAAGUUCAAGUUCACCAGCGUGGUGGCCCAGGACCUGCUGGACUCCUUCCUGAGCUUUUUCCCGGAGCUGAAGGAGCAGAGCGUGGACUCCCGGGCAGGGCUGGAGUUCGAGCGAUGGCUCAACGCGACGGGCCCCCCGCUGGCUGAGCCGGACCUGUCUCAGGGAUCUAGCCUGACGCGGCCGGUGGAGGCCCUGUUCCAGCUGUGGACGGCCGAGCCCCUGGACCAGGCCGCCGCCUCGGCCAGCGCCGUCGACAUCUCCAAGUGGAGGACCUUCCAGACGGCUCUCUUCCUGGACCGGCUGCUGGACGGGUCCCCCCUGCCCCAGGAGGUGGUCACCAGCCUGUCCAAGUGCUACUCCUCCCUGCUGGACUCCAUGAACGCAGAGAUCCGCAUCCGCUGGCUGCAGAUCGUGGUCCGCAACGACUACUACCCCGACCUCCACAGGGUGCGGCGCUUCCUGGAGAGCCAGAUGUCGCGCAUGUAUACCAUCCCGCUGUACGAGGACCUGUGCACCGGGGCCCUCAAGUCCUUCGCGCUGGAGGUCUUCUACCAGACGCAGGGCCGGCUGCACCCCAACCUGCGCAGAGCCAUCCAGCAGAUCCUGUCCCAGGGCCUGGGCCCCAGCGCGGAGCCCAGCGCGGAGCCGGGCGGGGCCCCAGCGGACACAGACGCGGACUCAGACUCACCGGCCCUGCUGCUCGGGGACGAGGCCCCCAGCAGCGCCAUCUCUCUCAGGGACGUCAACGUGUCUGCCUAGCCCGGUGGGGCUGACCCUCGACCUCCCAGACACCACGAUUGUGCCUUCUGUGUCCGGGCCCGCCAUGACUGCGCCUCAGCUCUGGCCAUGAGCUCUGCCCGGCCGUGAGCCCCACCCGUGGGCUCUCGCAGGGCUGGGAGCCUCGGGGAGGGGCCUCGGCGUCCAGCAGAGGCCCCUGUUCCUCGGCCCACCCCUCCCAGCUCUCUUGCACUGCAGCCCCGGGCGGCCGCACACACCACGCCUCCUGUCUCAGCACUGACAGCCAUGCCCAGCCCCAGACGCCAGCCCCUGCCGGGCACUGCCUCCGGGGGCAACGGCCCCAGCAGUGCCACGGCGGACACCACAACUGUGCCUUAUGUGUGCCGGGAGGCCCCGGCUGUGCUGUCCCUGCAGCCUCUUCACAGGGCCCUGAGCCAUCCCUUCCCUGCAGAGCCUGAACCUCGCCCCUGGGGCCGGCAGCCUCAGCGGGUUCCUGGAAGCGGGACAAGGACACAGACAUUCCCUCGGUGCGGGGGCAGGGGUCACAGGGAGAGGAUGGAUGUCCCUGGGGAGGGUCCCCCAGCCCACAGAAAGCCUUAGCCCCUCAGAGAGCAUGGGGCCUCGGGACCCAGGAGGAGUGUGGGGACAGGAAAGCGGGCUGGGGGCAGCACAGCAAUACCCCAGGGACAGGCAGGGGUGUCGGUGCUCCUGGGCACCUGCUGGGAGAGGCAGCCAGGGCCGGCAUCUCCAGCCUGGGACUGCUGGGAUGGGGCGUCAGGGAGAUUGUCCCAUUAAACCUCUGCUCGGCAA